UGAGAACGAAGAAUUAACAUCGGCGUUAGUAUAUGUGCUCAGGCUGAUUUGGGGUUGUGUUAUGAAGGAUUGAAGUGACACAGUAUAAGGUAUUAAAUAUGGUCUCAGUGUUACCGAAUAUCACUGAACAUAAACAAGAUGAAGAAGAAGCUGCCUGAGCGGAUCCUGAAUCACAUCCUGGAGAUUCUCUACCUGCUGACAGGAGAGCGUGUGACUAACACUGACAGCGAGUCACAUGACUGGGGACAAGAUGACAACAGAGAAGAUACUGACCCACAACUUGCAGAUCAUGUACCUGCUGACAGGGAAGGUGCCUAUAAAGUGUGAUGAUGUUGCUGUGUAUUUCUCUAUGGAGGAGUGGGAGUAUAUAGAGGGACACAAGGAGCUUUACAAGGACGUCAUGAUGGAGAUUCAUGAGAAACCCCAUACCACUGAGAUUGAGAUCCCAGCACACAAGGGCUCAGAAACGCUCAGAAGACCCAGAUGACAAGAAGUCAAGUGAAAUAUUUGAAAACCAUGAUGAACAACAUACUGAUCUUCUAAAGAUUUUACAAUUUCAGCAGGAGAUAAAAGAUCUCCUAACAGCAAAACAAGAUGAAAAAGAGGCCUUCAAUGCUGAACUUGAUAUAAGGAUGCAAAAUAUCCAGGAAAAGAUUCUAAAUGAUCAAGAGAGAGUUAUGCAAAGAUGUCUUUCUGAACAUGAAGAACGAAUAAUGCAAAAAAUGGAAAAACAAAUUGCAGAUGAACAUCAGAAGAAAGGAAAAACAUUAGAGCAGAUCAAAGACCUCCUACAGGAGAAUGGGGAAGCAAAAUGGCUGAAGGAGCUACAAGAACAGAUUCUAAAUGAACAGAAGAGGAUUAUAAAAACAUCUUUUUCAAAACAGGAAGAAAGAAUAAUAUACGUUGUAGAGAAAAAAUGUUCAGAUGAACGGAAAAAAAGACGGGAAUUAGAGAAAAACAAAUGCCUCUUACAGAUAGAGAUGGCGACCUUACAAGAAAGUCAUGCUGAGGAGAAAGCAAUAUGGCUGAAAGAGCUACAGGAACAGAAAGAAAAAAUUGCUGUCUUGGAGUUAAAAUUACUUAACAUGCAAAGAAAAAACGAGAACUUAAAAAGAACUAUUGCCCAAGAAAAAGCCAAAUCUAAAGAUUUGAUGGAAAAUCAUCAAGCAUUUGAAGCUGCCCUAAAGAAGGAAGUCAAACUGCAGAGAAAAAGUCUUCAGGAGACCAUUGAGUUUUUAAAUAAUCCUUCAUUGUAAACUACAAGCAGCUUUCUGCAACUUUUGUAAACAGUUUUAAUAAAAAGUUUAAAAUCAAAAA